UGGCUGUGCUACCUCCGCUUCUAGUCAUCGGGAGCAGCGCAAUUUGGCAAACCAGCAUAGUCACACCAAAACGUGUUCGUUUUCAAAUAUUUGGCUGGAAAUGCAUCGUCAGAUUAUUUUGUCAUUAAAUUAGAGGACAGCACGGUAAUUCUCAGUUUGGUUUCCGUGCCCUUCCACUAUUGCAAACACACGCAGGCGUCCGGGCUGUAUUUUCCGGAAGCAUUUCUGCAACAUCCUGAUUGGGCUGAGUUCAGAACGCGAAAGGUGUGAUUGACGGGAGUGCUUGCACUGCGGAGCCAGCAACUGUGUGGUGAUUCUGGGUCUUCUGACUUCCGACAAUGUCACCGGGGUGCUUGGUAUUCCUCUUUUGCCUUUCUUGCGCCGUGGUCUCUUCUAUCCGUGGUGUCUUCCUCGAACCAGAUCAAGAUGUUAGUCUUCCUGUUGGGUGGAAAUAUGUGGGGCGAGUUUCAGCCACGGACCAAAUUCUUCUCACAUUUGCCCUGAAACAGCAGAAUGUCAACAAGCUGGAAGAAAAGCUGGAGCAAUUAUCAAACCCAGAUUCUCCCCAGUACGGUAAAUACCUCUCCCUGGACCAGUUAUCCAGAAUGAUUCAACCUUCGGAAGAGACUCUCCAAACUGUUUGGACUUGGCUGGGAAACCUUGGCAUACAAGACUGCUCCACAGUCCAGACCUUAGAUUUCUUGAACUGUUUCAUGUCUUCCAGCACUGCUGAAAAGCUAUUGACUGGAUCAAAGUUUAUUCAUUACACCAAUGGCCAUCAGACCCUUAUACGAUCUCUGGCUAAAUAUGAAGUCCCUGAAGGAGUGGCAGAGCAUAUUGAUUUUGUUGGAGGUGUGCAUCGAUUCCCUUCUCAAAAGGCUGUGAUAAGCAAGGCAUGGAAAGCUGGCCAGCACAGAGAAGCAAACUUUCACUUGGGCGUGACACCUGCUGUUGUGAGAAAACGCUAUAACCUCACUGCAAGUGAUGUCGGGUCUCAUGAGAAUAAUAGCCAAGCAGUGGCUCAGUUUCUGGAGCAAUAUUUUCACCAGUUGGACCUUGUAGAAUUCAUGCAAUUAUUUGGUGGAAACUUUGUCCACCGCACCAAAGUAGAUAAGAUAAUAGGGCACCAAGGAGGUAUAAAGGCGGGUUUGGAAGCCAGUCUGGAUGUGGAGUAUAUUAUGAGCACUGGUGCAAACAUUUCCACCUGGAUCUUCAGUAAUGCAGGGAGGCAUAAAUCGCAAGAACCCUUUCUGGAUUGGAUUACUUUACUGAGUAAUAUGUCAUCCAUCCCAUGGGUCCACACCAUCAGUUAUGGAGAUGAUGAGGACAGUUUGUCAGUGGCGUAUUUAAAGAGAAUCAACAUUGAGUUUAUGAAGGCUGGUGUCCGUGGUCUCUCAAUACUCUUUGCUUCUGGUGAUGAUGGUGCAGGCUGCAGAGAAGUUAGAAAAGGCAGAAAUACCUUCAGGCCAAGUUUUCCUGCAUCUAGUCCUUAUGUUACCACUGUGGGAGGAACUUCUUUCAAGAAUCCAUUUCAAAUUACAUUCGAGGUCACGGACUACAUCAGCGGUGGUGGAUUCAGUAAUGUGUUUAAAAUGCCUGAUUAUCAGGCUGCUGCUGUGAAUUCUUAUCUCAAAAGGAUAAAAUCUCUUCCUCCAGACACCUACUACAAUGCUGGUGGUCGUGCCUACCCUGAUGUAGCAGCGCUCUCUGAUAACUACUGGGUUGUGACCAAUUUAAUCCCCAUUCCUUGGGUUUCUGGAACAUCAGCCUCAACUCCAGUCUUUGGUGGUAUCCUGGCCCUCAUUAAUGAUAACAGGUUCCAACAAGGUCUUCCAGCUCUUGGCUUCAUAAACCCCUUGCUUUACAAAAUACAGGAGAAUGGUACAUCUGGAGCUUUCUUUGAUGUAACUAUUGGAUGCCAUUACGGUUGUUUGGAUGAAGAAACUAAAGGUAGAGGAUUCUGUGCUGCUCAGUCUUGGGAUCCUGUGACAGGAUGGGGGACACCAAACUAUCCAGAACUACUCAAGGUACUUCUUCAAAGGAAAGAUCAUCAUCCAUGACCUGAAGAAACCCAAGAUAGAGUGCAAUCUAAAUGAAAACCACAUGCUGAAUUUCUUUCCCCACCUUAAUAAUGUUGCCUUUUGUGAGUAUGUGGAUACUUAUGGCAUUAAUGUUCUAAUUUGUUCCAUUUUUAAUUGAAAAUGUUUAUGCUGCAUUUUAAUUAUUCAGUUGUAUUAUAUGCAAACAAGGCACUGAUAUUCAAAGAAAGAUUAUUGCUGCUUAAAAUUUGUACCAAUACACUCUGUCCCAAAUAAUCAGAAUUGUACAUUAUGGAAACAGGCCCUUUGGCCCACCAUGUCCAGGCACCCAUCUCCACUAAUUCAGUUUUCUUCUUGCACCCCCAUCACUUCCACCUUACCCCACACUAAGGACAGGAUACAGGCACUAAUUAACCUACUGACCAGCAUGGCUUCUAGCAUGUGGAAGGAAACCAGAUCACCUAGAGGAAAAUCUAUGCAGUCAGAGGGAGAACAUGCACACUCCACAAGGAUAGUACCAGAGGUCGGGAUUGAACUCAAGUCUUUGGAGCUGCAAGGGAGGUGUGAACCACUGCAGCACUUUGCUGCCCAAUGGUUACUUAGCUAACCCAACAGAAGUUAAUAUAAUAAUAUUGGCCUAUAGUUAACCAAAUCAGAUACAUAUUGGCACAUUGACAAAUAAUUUAAAUCCAGAUUACUGAAUCCAAGAUGCACAAUGGAGUUUGAUUAAACUUUAACCAGUGGAUCAGUCUAGAUUUAAAUUUGCAAAUGUUGAAUUGUCCAAAUUAGAGAUUACAGUUACAAUUGUUUUGAUAAUCAGGUUUGAAAGUAAGUUAUUUGAAUUUGCUGAAAAUGUUGUUGCAAGAUUUUAUUUACAUAAUUUUUACAUUAAGCUGUACACAAAG